CCAGUUAUGAGAACCAAAUAAUAUUACUUGUAGCCUUUGAAAGUAGUCCUUUUGAAAGCCUUGAGUAGGCCAAGAUCAAGAGCACUGGUGGGCUGGGAGACAGACCACGACCAGCCUCUGCCAGGGAGCGACGACAUGGCUGCCUCAUUUCUCAAGGGACUGCCAGUUUAUAAUGAAAAGAAUUUCAGCAAGUUUCAAGGUGACCCCACUGGGCGGACAUCUUACAAAAAGCCACCCGUGUACCUUCCAACAAAGGACAGUCCUGGCUCACAAGAAAUUGUGACAGAAAAAACAAACAUCCUCCUGCGGUACCUUCACCAGCAAUGGGAAAAGAAGUGUCCCAAGAAGAAACGUGAGACAGGAUCUGGCAGCAAUGAGGAAGAAGCCCCCAGGACCAAAAGGCCCCGUUUAGAACCAGGUCCUUCCACUGACUCACCCUAGCCACAACCUUCACCCUCAUGACAAUUACUCAUUUUUUUUAGAAUGAUAGAAUGGAGCCUCUGUUGUUGAAUGAAUACGACAGCAACAGCCAAGCUUGUCAUAAUCAUUCCUGAAGUGGAAGUUUGAUAUUUAUAUGUAAACUUCAAAAUAACAGUCUGUAUUUUACAAGUUAGCAAUGGAUUUGUGUUCUAUUAGUCUGAGAUAGACUUUUCAAGUGUGCUCGAUAAAAGGGAAUAAGUGAGGUAGAUAAUGAUCAUAGUUUUGACCAGUUUAGGACAGGAGUGUUAUUUUCCUAUAUUAAUAAACUGAUUCAGAAAUUGCAGCAAUAUAUAUUUUUCAAGAACAACUAUGUCUUCCCUAGUUCUCAAUGAGUAUUGUAUUUGUUUCUAGCACCAAUGAAUGCAUCAUCUUUUUAUGAAAGGCAAAAAUGAUCCAGGCAAUGAGCAUUUACAUUUCAUUACUCUUUGAUUAGGGGUACAUUUUUGUAAAAUUUACACAUCUUUCUGCUUGCAAAUUCUUGAUAAAUUGGAAUAAAAGCAUUUUGAACACUAGCCAUUCAUAAUACAUCAAUAAGAAUUAAUAUAUUUACAGAGGACUAAUGGCAAAAAGCUUUUAGGAUGAAUAUCUUAAGCAGAAUGACUGAUACAGUGAAUGAGAGGUCAAGCAAAAUGAGAGUUAGGUAAGAAAGGCAAAAGUGUUGAUAUUCAUGAAAUGAGUAAAUGCUUAAGUCAUUGAUGAGAAUCUCUUACUCAUUGUCUUCAAAUUUUAUGGUUAGCACCAAGAAAUAUACAUAGAAAAUGUUUCAUACAAAGUGUAGGCUUCUGAUAUAAUCCAGCACAGUGGAACAUAAUUAAUUCAGCACACUCAGGGUUGUAUCCUUUGUUCACACAAAAGAAUUUGCUGAAUUAAUCAGGUUUUCAGAAAACCAUGUUUAUUUGCUGAAAAGCAUAACUAUUAUUUUUAAAGUUUAUUUUGUGACACUUUUGUCAAUUUACGCAUUUUCGUUAUGUUACUGUUGACAGUACAUGUCUUACAUAACAUAUAAUACCAGGAACUCUUCUUAUGAAAAGAAUGGUGAUCCAGUAAUGCUAAUAAAUAUACAAAUUUUUUAGACUCAUCAUUUCAAAAUUAUUCUCCACACAACAUGUACAGGAUACUUGAAAUGAUACUUAGAUAAGUUUUGAAGUGAAUAGUUUUCAUUUGAUGGACGAUGUUUGUCAACAGAAACACAAGUUAUUCCGUGGUAUCAGAGAAUUUGAACUAACCAGCGAAAUUAGACACUUAUCCCAAUCUGAUUCACUCAGGUUUACUUGCAGAUGAUGGUUAUCACUAUUCAUGAUAAUGUCGAUAAGAGACGACUGUUUUGCAUGAUGAGUGAUAAAUUUAUAUGAUGUGAAGUGAUUUCAUCAGCAGGUGAUAUGAAAAAAAUGGUAGGCAUUUCCUUUAAUUUUUGCCAUGUAAAGAAACAAUAGCUAUAGUGUCAGAUUCCUUUCACACAGUAAAAAUGUAUCUACUUAAACCAAGGAGCAUUCAUAAACUGGGAUAUGUGUAUGUUUGUAUUAUGUGAGAAGAAUCCAAAGGUGAGAUGUCAGACUGUUCUUUGCUGAGCAGUCAUUGUUCUAUAAAAAAAUUACCACCCAAAACUUAACUGAGCCUUGGAUAAACAGAAAUCCUUCAUAUUAAAAUUCCAAGUGAUGAGCAAUUAUAUGUGUAAUUUCUUAAUUUGA